GUGACGUGUCUGCCUCUAUACUUUUCAAAAGAACUUUCUUAUUGAUAUAGUUAUUUUCUCAGGAACAUUGACUGUUAGUCUCAAAGAAAGAGUAUUUACGAAAUCGGUGCUGGCCGUAUUCUGUGCACUGAAUCAUGUAUAUGCGUCUUCUGAACUGCAUCUUCUUCAGUUUGGCGUUAACGUUUAUCCAAUGUGAGAAUACAACAUGCAGAUCUAACAGUAGACCGGGAGAAUGUUGUCUGAAUUUUCAUAAAAGAGACGAUGGAUCAUGUGAAGAAUGCCCACUGGGAACGCAUGGAGUGAACUGUAGUUCAGAGUGUCCCCCUGGCUACUAUGGACUGUUUUGUCUUGAGAAAUGUAACUGUUCAAAAGAUAAAUGCAACUCCGUAGAAGGCUGUAGGGAUUAUUCUUAUGUUGCAUCAGAUCAACCUUCUUCUACUUUGGGAACAAAUUGUUCUGUGGAAUUUGAGGAAAAACCUUGUCAGGCGGGGUGCAAAUGUUUAAGCGGGAACUGUGAGUUACGAGUAUUACAAGGUUGCCAAGAGAUUACCACAGCAAAGCAUCUCAUUGGAGGUACCGGAACAAGACACAAUGUUAACGAAUCGGGGGGGAAAUCGGUAUGGAAGGAUGUAACACAUAUCUUAAUUGGGUCCAUAUGUACGAUCGCAGUAUUGGUGGGACUAUUUUGUCUCAAAUCUAGAUUAAAAAGGGCUGGAAAUAAAAGGGAUACGGGAAAUACUGACCUGCCAGGUGAGCGCAAAUAUCAAAGAUGUGGAAGAUUAUUAAAAGAAUAUAUUUCUAAGGCUGUGAUUCAGCAUAGAGAACCAAUGAUUGGAAAUGCUUAUAUUCAAAGAACAGAAACAGUCGACGAAGAAAGUCAGUAUGCUGAUUUGAGGUCUUCAAGAAUGAUUGAAUUCCACGCCGAAGUAAGUGUUUCAGAAGAUAGAUUUUUACCACAUUCCGAUGAACCAAGAAAUGGGCAAGGAAAUGUUUCCAUGCCCCAAUUGCACGAUGAAACUGAAGAAUGGACAGUUAACAGAAAUAAAGAGGAAAACGAGUAUGGACAUUUUUCAGAGAGUUGUCAGUACAGCGUUUUGUCCUUACGGAGGAACAUGGAACCUCAUUAUCCUACUGACAGUAAUAACUGUUCAAAGGAAAACACGCUCAGCCAUGAAUUAGAGAACCCUGUUGAUCCAUAUUAUUCCAUUUCCAUACGUCCUUGUCACUCUGACGGUAGCCUGAAAGAAAAUGAUUCAGACUCUUAACAAGUAUUACCACCCAAAGUUGAUUAAUGCUGGAUUGUAAUGUUGAAAUGUAUAUACACGCAUACAUUAUAUAUAUAUAUAUAUAUAUAUAUAUAUAUAUAUAUAUAUAGGUAGGGAUCGGAACUGGGUAUCCAAAUAAAGUGAAAUUUUCUGUGCUUUAUAUGAAAUAUUUCUUCACUUAGGACAGUUAUGUUCAUUUAAAAGUUCAUUGCUAUUUCCGUGCUUUAUAUAAAUUAUUCGAAUGCAAUGUGUAUCAUGUAUGAUCCUCUUAACCCUUUAACUACCAGAAAUUUUCGAGUUUUCCUUCAAAGCUGAUACAAACAUUUCAAAUUGGAAUUAAAGCAUUUUCUAGUCAUAUUUUCGUAAUAUAACCUAUGCAUAUUCUGAAAGGAAAAAUCUUGGAGAUUUUAAUUAUGCACAAAAAUGUGGUGUAACGGUUGCCAUGACAACAAAAAUACCCCACAAAUCCCAAAAAUGUGUUGUUUUUUCACCAUUUUCGUCACCUACAACACACAAAUUGAAUGUUUAUCAGCCAUCAUUUAAAUAAAUUUUAGGAAUGGUUGUAUUCAGAUACAUGUAUCACAUGCAUUCAUAAAAUUUAGUGUCAUUUAUUGUAAAUAUAAUCAUACAUGUACAUUAACAUUGAAGUACAAGAUGCGCAUAAGUUACAGUAGACUUAUAGUACCUGUAAUUAUUGUAAAAUGUUCCUGAAAACUUGAAGACAAAUUUUAAUGAAAAUUAAAACUCUCUCUACGCAUAUUUUUAGAAUAUAAUUCAUACAAAUUUCAAAAUGAAAAAAAAAAAAGAAAGUUUCCAAUUAUGCAGUGUAAGGAAUUUUUACAGUUACCAUGGCAACUAAAUGAGUUCAUGAAUCACAAAAAUAUGUUGUUGGAUUUUUUUCCGGUACAUUUUCGUUGUUGAUUUUUCAUCCCUUCCUUCACAUGAAAAUACAAAUUGAUCAGUUAACUGCUACACUAAGUUUUGAAUUAUGUAGUAUGACCUGAUGUUAUGGUUGCCAUGUCAACACAAUAACCCAUAAAUCGCUAAAAUGAGUUUUUCAUCCUUUUUUCCCCUUGAAAUAGAAAAAUUGUUGAAUAAACUAUCACAAUAUUUACGUCAUGUACGUAAUGAUAUCAUGAAAACUAACAGUACAAGUUCAAAUAUACAUGCAAGGUUUAUAAACCUACAAUACAUACAAACCAUAUGCCUAUAGAAAUUAAAAUACAUUUACUCUCCAAAUUCUAAUAUAAUAUUGUUCAGUAGAUCAUGAAUGCGUCAACAGCUUAGUUCGUUUAUAAUACAAUAAGCUAAAUAUAUGGACAUUGCAUCCGCGCUAGUCACGCUUACUAAGUCCGGGAGUACCGUACGUAUGUACAUUAGGCGUGGUUUGCGACAGUGAACGUUAUAUAACUGUAUCCCAUUUCCAUUUUCAAUGACCGUGUAGCGUGUGACAGCGUGGCAAGAAUUCCAUCGUCAUCGAAAGCAAGUUUUAUAGACUUGCCUAGAUGGUCGAGCGGUCUAGUGCGCUGGUUACGUGCUGCUAGGAGAUUUGGUUCCGCAGGUGCGGAACUGGGUAUUCAAAUAAAGUGAAAUUUUCUGUGCUUUAUAUAUAUAUAAUAAUACAUACCCAUUUCCAUAUCACACCCUGUAUCAGCCCGAGAUACCAAUAUCAGCCAGAGGGCCGAAGGCUGAUAUUGGUCGAGGGCUGAUACAGGGUGUGGUAUGGAAUUGAGUAUGUUUUAUUAUGUUUAUUACAAAAUAUAUCAACUUGAACAAAUAAAACGUAAUC